AUGGAGAAUAUUCAAUAUACAGCGGCUCGCUCGCUGGCAAAUUCGACCUCUCAGAUCAAGCCGCGCCGGGCUGGCGUGCCUUGUAUGCGAUGUCGCCAGAUGAAGGUGAAAUGUAAUGCCAGUCAAAAAUUUCCUGCAUCUUGCUCGGCUUGCGAAAAAGCAGGCGAGCGGUGCUCUGUUGACCCUUCGUUCAAGAGGAUUUCCAAGAGAAGCCUGAAGCGCCGCCGUGGACAUGAAGAAGGCGACCCUCCUUACAGGACGCCCCAUUCGGAGGGAUCCGGUAUAGAGCCGACCGAUUUGUCGUCGACUAGACAGCAUGAACCUUUACCUAGUUUGGAUUCUUCUGUAGCAAGCAUAAUUGCCGAAUUGCGCCUUGGCGGGAAGAGACCUGCUCGGUUUACCCAUGAGGCUACCGGCGUCAACCUCACAUCCAGUGUGGUGGCAGAACUGCUAGAAGAGUAUUAUUCAAAUCUACACCCAAGGUUCCCGCUGGUGCUUGACCCUGCCACUAUAAUCGAUAGCUACGAGAAAGCACCCUUGUUGUUCUGGAGCGUACUAGCCAUUGCGAGCAAAGACUCCGAGAAGUAUGCAUCUGACUACCCUCGAGUACAAAUUCUUGUAAGGCAAUCGGUAGCAGACAUCCUCCUCCUCGGUACUCGGUCCAUCCAGCUUGUGCAAGCUUUGCUUCUACUUUGUGUGUGGUCUUUUCCUCAUGAAGAUAUGAACAAGGAGCCGUUUUCAAUGUACGGUGCACUCGCCAUUUCUAUGGCACGGUCCCUUGGUUUGCAUCGCCCACAACAUCCAUUCCUUUUAUUUGCUGCAAAGGCAUCGGAGAUCGGAACCACGGAAGCUCGGACGUCAGCCUGGCUGUCCUGUUUCAUCGUGGAUCAAUGGCAUACUGCAAGAUUCGGGGUGCCAGGUUCCAUCAGGGUCGACCACACCAUCCUUCAGGCGCUGAAUGGUUCGACGACUGGGGUGCCAAUGACUACGAGGAUUCAACUUCACAUCGCUCUCGUCACCUCAAAGAUUUCGGCCGCCCUGGGAGAAUGUGAGACCUCAGCCACCGGACUCACGGCAGAUCCACUUCCGUUUGUGCGGGUGUUUGAAACUGAGCUUUGCAUGAUACAAGACAAAUACGCGUGUGAAUGGUCUCCUGCCGAUGAAGUGUCCUUCCUUGACGCGCGGCUGGGCCUGUACGCUUACAUGCUCGAUCGUAAAAAGACAGAGCCCCCGAAAAGCCUUCAUCAAGAGAAUGAACUCAUCAUCCAGAGCAGUAUCACGGCGAGACAGCUCUUAAUCGUCCUGACAACAUUUCCCGACGCACUGAGGAAAGGGACAUUCCACGUGUUUCGCGCUGCAAGCUAUGCGGCUUUCUUCCUCCUACGCAUUCUUGGGACCGCACCCAGGCAGUGUAUCGAUGAGACGGGUAUCAGAAACAUCAUCCGACAGGCUUUCACGCUCAUGAGGGAUUUAUCUCAGACACCGAAUGACCGACGAAAUCAAUGUGUACGCGUGUGUAGAAUCAUCGAGCACAUGAUUGACUACGAAGACUGGAACAAAGACACACCCUUCGUAGGUAAAGCUGAGUCUUUUAUGGCGAAUAACUUUGUUGCCGAUGUUGCGGCCAGGGGUAUGAUCAAAGCUGCCAAAGCGGAACGCGAAUCCCGCGAGGCCGGGGCUGCAGGAGUUCCGCCGGAGGUCGACUCACAUUUUGACUUCGACUUCUCGAUAUGGGAUCCGAUGGGAUGGCCGGUGAACUGGCAGGAUGGUGAUGACCUACUAUUUCUCAACGAGAAUAUUGGUGGAUCCUCGUGA